AUGGACUUGCUGAUUGUCAUGUUCCUUCUUAUAGUCUGUGGAAAAGUGAAGUUCGGGCAAGUGGAAAAAAAUGAGCUGAAGAAGCCUUUGCAUCCUACUCGUGCUAUUCCAACCGCUAUCAAUUGCCUGGCAACUUUACUAAAGGAACCUAUAGUUAGAUCUUUAUUUGUUCAAGCAGAUGGUGUGAAGCUGCUCGUUCCUCUAAUUUCUCCAGCAUCCUCUCAACAGUCCAUCCAGCUUCUUUAUGAAACAUGCCUCUGUGUUUGGCUUUUGUCUUACUACGAACCUGCAAUUGAGUACUUGGCGACUUCUAGAGCCCUGCCACGACUAAUAGAUGUUGUGAAAGUUUCCACAAAGGAGAAGGUUGUCCGGGUGGUUGUCUUGACUCUCAGGAAUUUGCUUCCUAAAGGAACUUUUGGUGCUCAGAUGGUAGAUGUUGGACUGCCGCAAGUUGUUCAAAGUUUGAAAGCACAGGCAUGGAGUGAUGAGGACCUCUUGGAGGUUCUGAAUCAAUUGGAAGAAGGGUUGAAAGAUAACAUUAAGAAAUUGAGUUCUUUCGAUAAGUACAAACAGGAAGUCCUUCUCAGUCAUCUUGACUGGUCCCCCAUGCACAAAGAUCCUACAUUCUGGCGUGAUAAUAUUACAAACUUUGAAGAGAAUGAUUUCCAGAGCUCAAGUUUUGGCAAUCAGUUCAGCUAUUGGCUAGUGGCCCCUAAUGAUGCCAAUACAGUAGCAGAGUGGCCAUUGCCUAGGAAUUAUUUAGAAAGGAUGCAGAGGGCAUUUCUUCCUGGAAGUCCUCUGUUUCAAAUCCUGAGGGUCCUCGUUACAAUUUUGGACUCAUCCAGCGAUCCGAGGACACUAGCAGUUGCUUGCUUUGAUCUCUCGCAGUUCAUUCAGUACCAUCCUGCUGGCCGGAUCAUACUGACUGACCUGAAGGCUAAGGAGCGUGUGAUGAAAUUGAUGAACCAUGAUAAUGCAGAGGUCACCAAAAAUGCCUUGCUCUGCAUCCAAAGGCUUUUCCUAGGUGCCAAGUACGCGAGCUUUUUACUAGCUUAG